AUGGACUCAUACGAGGAGCCAACGGGCGAGGAGCCACCCACCAUCGAUCCUUACGAGGUCCUCUCCCUGGACAAAACGGCCACUCCAGAACAGGUCAAGGCUGCGUACAGAAAGGCCGCGUUGAAGAACCACCCUGACAAGGUCCCCGAUGACCGAAAAGCCGCCGCGCACGAAAAGUUCCAGCAGAUCGCCUUUGCGUACGCGGUGCUGUCGGACCCGGCGCGGCGGUCGCGGUACGACGCGACGGGCUCGACGUCCGAGUCGAUCGUGGACUCUGACGGCUUCGACUGGAGCGAUUUCUACCGGGCGCAGUUCGCCGACGCCGUGUCGGGCGAGGCGAUUGAAAAGUUUGCGAGGGUCUACAAGAAGUCGGAUGAGGAGCGCGACGACGUCCUGGCCGCGUACGAGGCCGGACGCGGCGACCUCGACGUUGUCUACGAGUCCGUCAUGCUCAGCAACGUCCUCGAGGACGACGAGCGGUUCAGGGGCUGGAUCGACGAGGCCAUCGCCAAGGGCGACGUCGAGGCGUUUAGGGCCUACACCAAGGAGAGCAAGAAGAAGAGAGACAAGAGGGCCAAGGAGGCCAAGGGCGAGGCGGCCGAGGCGGAGGAGUACGCCAAGGAGCUCGGGGUGCAUGGCAAGUUGUUUGGUGGCGGGGGUGCGGCCGGGGAGGGCAAAGGUAAAGGGAAGAAGAAGAAGGAUGCCGGCGGCGAGGACGCGCUCGCGGCGCUGAUCAGGGGCCGGCAGGCCGAUCGCAUGGACGCCCUGGACCGGCUGGCGGAAAAGUACGGUGCCGCUGCGCCCAAGGGCAAGAAGAAGGGCAAGAAGCGCGCGGCGGACGAAGAGGAUGAUGAGGACGGCGGCGAGCCCUCGGAGGAGGCGUUCCAGGCUACACAGGCCCGCCUCUUUGGUAAAAAAUCGGGCGGGGACAAGGCAGCUGGAGGAUCUGCGAAGAAGCGAACCAGGCGUGGUUAA